CUUGUAUUAUAUGCCAUAUAUACAUACAUAUACAUAUAAAUUCGAUUUAUGUAGAUAAUUUAUCCACGUCCUAUUAUUUUCAGACCCAAAACACUCUCACCUUCUCGCCAUUGCAGGUAAAUUGGUUUCUCUGUUUCUAAUUCUCGAAUCGAUGGAUUCCAAUUCCUCCAAAUUUAGGGUUUAUUCAUGAUGUGGAUCUUUCCGUCUCUUCACCAGAUUUAACGACAACAAUUUCUUCGUUUCGUAAGCGUUUUGGGAUUCUAGGGUUUGACGUUGCAGAUCUUCGGAGCCUGUCUGCGGAACACACAGAGGAUUGCUUCUGAGGCGUUAGGGUUUUUGCGUUGACAGAUCCGAGUUUAAAACUUUUGCAGAAGGCCAUUUUGCAGUUCGAUUCAAGAUGUUUUGGCGUAUGGCAGGAUUGUCCACUGCGUCUCCUGUGGAGACAAUUUUGGAUAAAGAAAACUUUACACUCGAAGAGCUUCUUGAUGAGGAUGAAAUAAUUCAAGAAUGCAAAUCUCUUAAUGGCCGGCUUAUCAAUUUCUUGCGAGAAAGAGUGCAGGUUGAACAACUUCUACAUUAUAUAGUGGUGGAAGCUCCAGAUGAUGCUGAAAAGACACGAUCUUUUAAGUUUCCUUUUAUUGCUUGUGAAAUUUUUACUUGUGAAGUUGAUAUCAUACUCAAAGCUUUGGUAGAGGAUGAGGAGCUGAUGGGCUUGUUGUUUUCCUUUGUGGAACCUGAACACUCCCAUAGCACGCUACUGGCUGGUUACUUCAGCAAGGUUGUUAUAUGCCUAUUGUUGCGGAAGACAGUUCCUUUUAUGAAUUAUAUUCAAGCUCAUCACGAAAUCAUCAGGAAGCUUGUUGACCUUAUUGGAAUUACAUCCAUCAUGGAGGUUUUAAUUCGUUUGAUUGGUGCUGAUGAACAUCUUUAUACCAACUACAUGGACUCAAUGCAAUGGUUAGAAGAGACAGAUGUGCUGGAGAUGAUUGUUGACAAAUUUAGCUCGUCGGAUUGUCCAGAAGUGCAUGCUAAUGCAGCAGAAACACUUUGUGCUAUAACUCGAUGUGCUCCCCCGGGGCUUGCUGCUAAAGUCUCGAGCCCAAGUUUUAUUGGAAGAUUAUUUCGUCAUGCUUUGGAGGAUUCCCGGCCAAAAUCCGUGUUGAUUAACUCAUUGUCUGUAUGCAUAUCUUUGUUAGACCCAAAGAGAUUAACAUUAGGGACGUAUCACACGUACAACCGCCAACUAACUCAUGGAUCUACAAUAACUGCCAAUCCUGAGACCGUGGAGGGUAUGCUGGAGAGCCUUGGGGAUUUGCUCAAACUUUUAGAUGUUUCAUCCAAGGAAAAUGUGUUGCUAACUACAUAUGGGAAGUUACAUCCCCCUCUUGGAAAGCAUCGUCUGAAGAUUAUAGAGUUCAUUUCAGUCUUAGUGACUGUUACUAGUGAAGUUGCUGAAAGGGAAUUGAUUCACCUUGGAGCAGUUAAACGUAUUUUGGACUUGUUUUUUGAGUACCCAUACAAUAAUUUUUUGCAUCACCAUGUAGAGCAAAUACUAGUUGCUUGUUUGGAGAGCAAAAAUGCUCAGUUUAUUGAACACCUUCUCAAAGACUGUGAUCUUGUUGGGAAAAUUCUUGAAGCAGAAAAAAAUUUCACAUUGGCCACUGAUCCAAACAAGCCGACGGUCACUGCUGAGGCAAGAUUACCUCCCAGGAUAGGGAAUAUUGGGCACAUAACACGCAUAUCUAACAAACUCGUUCAACUGGGCAAUAAUAACAGUGACAUACAAGCACAUCUGCAGGAGAAUACUGAAUGGCUGGAUUGGCACUCAGAUGUCCUACUCAAGCGUAAUGCAGUAGAAAAUGUCUACCAGUGGUCUUGCGGGAGGCCAACAGCAUUACAGGAUCGGACCCGGGAUAGUGAUGAUGAUGAUUACCAAGAUAGAGAUUAUGAUGUUGCAGCUCUAGCAAAUAACCUAAGCCAGGCAUUUCGAUAUGGCAUUUACAGUAAUGAUGAUACUGAUGAGGCUCAUGGCUCACUUGAACGAGAUGACGAGGACGUCUACUUUGAUGAUGAAUCUGCUGAAGUUGUCAUAUCUUCUCUUCGUCUGGGAGAUGAUCAGGAAAGUGGAUCUCUAUUUACAAAUUCCAAUUGGUUUGCUUUUGAAGAUGACCGAAUUGUCAAUGAGCGCUCAACAGGAUCUGUUGCUUCUCCGUCUCCUAGUACUGAGGGGAUUGGUAAUACCAAUGGUGGCGGGGAUGAUGAGGUAAUUGUUGAUGAAGAUGAUGAUUUAGUUGGCAAUGCAACAUCUCAAGUGCUAGAACCAAAGCCCAGUUCAGAAGAUUCUGCACUUGGUAAUAUGUCUGAGAACGUGAGAGAAACAGGAGCCAGUGAGAGUGACAAGCCACCUGAAUGGGUUGAAUGGAGGGAAACUCCAGAUUCUGUUGAACCGUCUGACACGGAUAGACCUCCUGUUUUACCAAAUGGUGAGGUUCAAGUGGAAUUAGAAAAUCGGGCUGAUGGUAUUGACCCAAGUACAGCUGAUCCUUCUCCAUCAUCCACUGACGCAUUGGUUAGUAGCAAAACUGAUGCAGUGGGAUCACCAGAAUCGACAGCCGAGGGCUUGGGUUCCAGUUCUUCCCAAAUGUGUGAAUCAGGAGGUGUGAAUCCAAGAUCUGACUCGAGUACUUCUGUUGGUGUGCAGAAUUCUGUUAGAACAGAGGGUCCUUCUGAAGCUGCAGAAUCAGAAGAUGGGAAUCCAUGCUCUGACAGGAGUACUUCUGUUGACGCAGACAAGCCUGUUGGAACAGAAGGCUCAUCUAAGGCUGCAGAACAAGAGGCGAAGGUUGAAAUGGGGACCUAAUGUAAAUUGUCAAGGUCUGUUAAGGAGCUAACUCAAUCCCGGUGCUGUUAAUCUGGUGGGAGCAUAAAUUCUGGAACCGGGACGCCUGCUUGGCUAGUCUACAAUGUAUUUAUAGAGCCUUUUGUAUAUUAAUGGGGGCAUUGUUGUCCAAUAGGACUGAUGAUUCUUUUCCCAACCAGUUGGUAACUGGGGGGCCCCCCCCUCUCACUCUUUUGCUCUCUUUUUUUGUGAAAAGAAGACAGGUUCGCCUUUUGAUGUUUUGUCGCAAGUGAUUCUUUAGGUUGGAAGGUGAUUAUGCUAUUUUCAUUUGAUGUUCAGUACCUCUGACUAGGUGCAAAAGAUCCUGUUUAUAUUAUACCAUUAUCUUCUUUACAUGAAUUUACAGUGUCAGUUAGAGAAAUUUGUUUCUCAAGAACAAUUUAAUAUGUAAAAGUUGGUUUUGUGGUUCAUAAUUUUGUUCCUGGGACAUUGCAGGAUUUAAGUCAAUCCUGUAUAAUAGUUUUGCGAAGGUUGGUUUAACAGCUUAAGAAUUUUCUUGAAUGCAACCAAGGCUUUUUGAUGCA